AUGGCAAAAGUUCCUCGUAAUUUUCGUUUGUUGGAAGAAUUAGAAAAAGGCGAGAAAGGCCUUGGUGAUGGUGCUUGUAGUUAUGGUUUAGCAGAUGAUGAUCUCUUGAUGCACAACUGGCAUGCUACUAUUCUCGGUGCUCCUCACUCUGUUCAUGAAAACAGAAUCUAUAGUCUAAAAAUCUACUGUGGCGAUAACUAUCCCAACCAACCACCUGAACUUCAAUUUGUUUCAAGGAUCAAUCUGCCUAGUGUGAAUGGCCAAACUGGCAAGGUUGAGUCUCACCGUUUACCUUGUCUUGCUAACUGGAAAAGUAAUUAUACGCUUGAGACUGUUUUGACAGAAUUGAGAAGGGAAAUGGGCACUGUUGGUCGCAAAUUACCCCAACCUGCUGAAGGCUCGACUUUUUAG